UACCAAUAUCUUAUAUCCACCUGGCAACAGCCAUCGAUUUUACCGCCUCUUCCGCUGAAGAUCGUAAAUUGAACAGAAGCAGAUUUUUCCCGUGCUCGUCGUCAACACGGACAAGGUUUUACUUUUCUUCCUUAAUUUGCUUCUUCCAAUUUCUCUCUGAAGUUUCCUGAAACUAUCAUGUUAUCAUCAGAUUUUAUUAGGAUAAUUAAGUGUAAUUGAGUGUUUUAUCCAUGGAAAAUUACCCCUAUAAUAAGAACGAGCCAUACCCUUACCCCUAUGAUCCUCCUCCUCAUCUAAACUAUGGGCAUCCACCACCACCACCGCCGCCUGAUAUAGAUCCAUAUCACCAAUCUCCUUAUCAGUAUCCAUACAAUCCUCCACAUGCUUAUCAAUAUCUGCCGUCUGCAUAUUCUCUACCACCACCACCACCACAUCAUCUUUCAGCGUCGUUUUCUGGGCCAGUUGACUAUAAUCCUAAUUUCCACCACCAUCCACCCCCACAUUUAGAAUCCCGUUCAGGCCCUUUAGAUUAUCAGUAUAAUGCACAAUCUCAUUCUGGGCCGCUUCCAUAUGGAUAUGGACCCCUUUCCCCUUUAACCUCACAACCAUCCCUCCAACAUAAUAGCAGUUUUCAAUAUGGCUCAUCACAUUACCACUAUCACCAAUCCACUCACCACCCGCCGCCUGAAACUAAUCCCCCAUCGCCAAGUAGAGGCAAUAGUUUGCAGAAUUUUCAUAGGCUGGAUGCUAUAUCUAAUAGGGAUGAUAAUCCUUCUUACCCUUCUCUUUACCCUCCUUUGGAUGAUCACAUGAGUAAGAUGCGAAUAUCUGAUACUAAUCAUGAUAACAAAAAUAAUAAUUACCCAACUGUCCCCACUUCAUCACCUGCACCUUCAGUGCCACCAUUGCCUGAUUCCCCUUUAAGUCAUCAGAGUUCAAAUUCCCCUUUAAGUCAUCAGAGUUCAAAUUUGAGUAGUCGUGGGGGUUUAUAUGGGUAUCCCAAUGACUCCUUCUCGAGUAACUAUGAAGGACCUUACUUCCAUGGCCGUUCAGAUUCUUUUGAUGGAUCACAACACAGCCCAAGUUCGCAGAUUGUGCCAAAGGGAUCUUUGAAGGUUUUGCUCUUACAUGGAAAUUUAGAUAUUUGGAUCUAUUGUGCUACAAAUCUUCCCAACAUGGAUAUGUUUCAUAAGACUUUGGGGGAUAUGUUUGGGGCACAAAUGGGUAAUAAGAUUACUAGUGAUCCAUAUGUCACAGUGUCAGUAGCACAUGCUGUGGUUGGAAGGACCUAUGUGAUAAGCAAUAGCGAAGAUCCUGUUUGGCAGCAACAUUUUUAUGUUCCCGUUGCACAUUAUGCUGCUGAAGUGCACUUUUCUGUUAAAGAUAGUGAUGUUGUGGGAUCAGAGUUGAUAGGAGUUGUGGCAAUUCCGGUAGAACAGAUAUACUCCGGUGCAAAGGUUGAAGGAAUCUAUCCAGUCCUGAAUAGUAGCGGGAAACCAUGUAAGCAAGGAGCUUCCUUGACUCUUUCAAUACAGUAUACCCCAAUGGAGCAUCUAAGCAUUUAUCAUCAAGGAGUGGGAGCAGGUCCUGAAUAUAUUGGUGUCCCUGGCACAUAUUUUCCUCUUAGGAAGGGCGGUACUGUGACUCUCUAUCAAGAUGCUCAUGUUCCUGAUGGGUGUCUCCCACAACUAAGGCUUGAUCGCGGAAUAUGUUAUGAGCAUGGGAAAUGUUGGGCUGACAUCACAACUGCCAUAAGUCAGGCACGGCGUUUAAUCUACAUAACAGGGUGGUCGGUGUGGCAUAAAGUUAAACUGGUACGGGAUGCUGGUCCAGCAUUCGAUUCCACCCUAGGGGAGCUUCUAAGAUCAAAGUCUCAGGAAGGAGUAAGAGUGCUACUUCUUGUUUGGGAUGACCCUACUUCAAGGAGCAUUUUGGGUUAUAAGAUGGAUGGAGUCAUGCAAACGCAUGAUGAGGAAACACGUCGUUUUUUCAAGCAUUCAUCUGUGCAAGUACUUCUUUGUCCCCGCAUGGCUGGAAAACGACAUAGUUGGGCCAAACAAAAGGAAGUUGGAACAAUCUAUACGCACCACCAGAAAACGGUGAUAGUAGAUGCCGAUGCUGGAAAUAAUAGAAGGAAAAUCAUAGCUUUUGUUGGUGGCCUUGAUUUAUGUGACGGGCGAUAUGACAAUCCACACCAUCCUCUGUUUAGGUCAUUGGAAACACUACAUAAAGAUGAUUAUCACAACCCUACCUUUACGGGAAGUACUGCUGGUUGCCCAAGAGAACCAUGGCAUGACUUGCACUCUAGAAUUGAUGGUCCAGCAGCAUAUGAUGUUUUAACCAACUUUGAGGAGCGUUGGCUAAAGGCUGCAAAACCACAAGGGAUCAAAAAGCUGAAAUUGUCAUAUGAUGAUUCUUUGCUCAAGCUGGACAGAAUUCCAGAUAUCAUAAGUGCAGCUGAUGCUCUUUCUAUGGAUACAAAUGAUCCUGAAGGUUGGCAUGUUCAGAUCUUUCGUUCAAUUGAUUCUAAUUCAGUAAGAGGCUUCCCAAAGGAUCCUAAGGAUGCCACAAGCAAGAAUCUAUUGUGUGGUAAAAAUGUACUCAUUGACAUGAGCAUACAUACCGCAUAUGUGAAGGCUAUUCGUUCUGCUCAACACUUCAUUUAUAUAGAGAAUCAAUAUUUUAUUGGGUCCUCAUAUAAUUGGAGUUCAUAUAAAGACUUAGGUGCUAACAAUUUGAUUCCUAUGGAAAUCGCUCUCAAGAUUUCCGAUAAAAUCAGAGCGAAUGAGAGAUUUGCUGCAUAUAUAGUUGUUCCAAUGUGGCCUGAAGGUGCUCCAACUGGUGCUGCUACACAAAGGAUUUUAUUUUGGCAGCACAAAACUAUGCAAAUGAUGUAUGAGACAAUCUACAAGGCUCUAGUGGAGGUUGGGCUUGAAGGUGCAUCUUCACCGCAAGAUUACUUGAACUUUUUUUGUCUUGGCAAUCGAGAGGCUAUGGAUGGGAGUGAAGUUAGAACUACGGGAAGUCCUGCUGCAAAUACCCCCGAGACCCUUAGUCGAAAGAGCCGUCGGUUCAUGAUUUAUGUUCAUUCUAAAGGAAUGAUUGUUGAUGAUGAAUAUGUACUAUUGGGAUCUGCAAAUAUCAAUCAGCGAUCUAUGGAAGGCACAAGAGACACAGAAAUCGCAAUGGGAGCCUACCAACCCCGAUAUACAUGGGCAAGAAAAUUAUCAAACCCAUAUGGACAGAUCUAUGGAUAUAGGAUGUCGCUAUGGGCAGAACAUCUUGGAAUUAUGGAGGAUUGCUUUACACAACCAGCUAGUUUGGAAUGUGUAAGAAGGGUUAGAACACUGGGGGAGAUGAACUGGAAUCAGUUUGUCGCAGAUGAUAUAACGGAAAUGAGGGGUCACCUUAUUAAGUAUCCAGUUGAAGUUGAUCGUAAGGGGAAGGUGAAGCCAAUUCCUGGACAUGAAACAUUCCCAGAUGUAGGAGGAAAUAUAACUGGCUCAUUUUUCGCCAUUCAGGAGAAUCUCACCAUCUGAACAACCGAAAUUACAAGGUAAAUAGAAAGAAAUACAAUUUUGAAGAUAUAUGUUAUAAUGCCGUGGAUAUGAUUGUGUUAAAUCUCUUUCGCAUUGGCAA